AUGCAGGCUCUCCGGUAUGGGCGGAGAGCCGUGCCUGGGCUGACUUUGUCGCCAAAUAUCGCUCAGCCUUUACGAUCACAAUCCCGCACAUUCACAAACGUCAUUACCGCAAACAGCAGCAGACCCUCGUCGCGAACAUUACUCUCAUCAACAUCAACAUCACCAUUCACCCCAUCGACACAAUCCUCUGUCCUUCUUCUUCGUCGACCAGCGGUCGCCGGACCCAUCUCCACAUCUCUGUUUGACCAGAAGAUCCGUUCCUUUUCGGCAACGGCGUGCCUCGGCGGCAAGCGUCGUACCUACAACCCGUCCAGACGGGUUCAGAAGCGUCGGCAUGGGUUUUUGUCGAGAUUGCGGACUCGCUCUGGACGUGAGAUUUUGAAGAGGCGGCGAUUGAAGGGGCGGAAGAAUUUGAGUUGGUAA